UAAGUUGGUGUUAUGGCAGAGGAAACUCACAGACGGUCUACAGCAUCUUUCAGUUCAUGGAGCUCGGACCUUCUAAUGCAGGGUCAACUGUUACUGCACAGUCGUGGUUAGAGCAGCACUCUCGCUCUCUCGGCCUGUUUAUUGAUGGGAAAUUUGUUCAUCCAGAGAACAGAGAGACGCUCACACUUUCCGAUUCAAAAGGUGAGAAGGUCUGUAGUAUCCUCUGUGCCAAUGAUGAAGAUAUUUUGAGCUGCAGCUCUUCAGCUGCUGCAGGAUUUAAAGUGUGGAAGGAGCUGAGUGAUGCUCAGAGAGCCAAAGUCCUGCUUAGGUUAGGGAGUGCACUGCAGGGGUACAGUCAGUGUGUGUGUGAAGUGUGUGAUCUGUGUCAGACUCCAGGCUCUGCCACACCACUCAUCCGCCUGGCACAGUAUUAUACAGGCUGGGCUCAGCUCCGACACACACUCCUGCCUGAAUGGACCCCACGAGGUGUUGUUGCAGUGGUGAUGUCAGAUGAUGCUUUUUUUUAUUCCAUGUGGCUGAAGGUCAUUCCAGCUCUCGCUGUUGGAAACGCUGUCAUCGUGGUUCCUGGAGUUCAGAUGGCUCCUCCCACCCUCUUAUUGGCUCAGCUCUUCAUGAAGGCUGGACUUCCUGCUGGUGUGCUGAACGUGGUGACAGGAAACGAAUCAGUGGGAGUCCGAGUGGCUCAGAGGAGCUUGAUCAACUAUAUCUCUUACAGUGGGAGCACACAGUAUGGAGAGCUGCUGGUGAAGCAGGUGGCUGGACGGGGCGUCCCUGUCUCUCUGUCCCUGUCUGUCUGCUCUGUGUGUCCAUUCAUCAUCUUUGAGAGUGCAGACGUGGACAGUGCUGUGGAUGGACUGAUGGAGGCGGCUUUCAAAAACUAUACGGAGUGGAGGUGGGUGGUGUGUGUGCAGGAGUCAGUGUAUGAUGCUGUGAUGGAGAAGCUGAAAUUCAGGAUGUUUGGAAUGAAGUGUGUUCAUGUGAGGGAUGAAUGUGAGAGAGCUCGAGUGGAUGCUGCAGUGCAUGAGGCCGAACAGCAGGGGGCGAUGGUGAUCCAGGCUUGUCCUCCGCCCUCUUCAGGAUGUGUGUAUCCCCCUACAGUGGUGUGUAACAUAGCUCCUUCCUGCCCCUUGGUGGUGUCUCCUCCGCCCGGUCCUGCACUGCCCCUGCUGUCCUUCAGGAGCGCUGCAGAGGGAGUGGCUUUGGGUAACUGCAGACCUCAGGGUCGAGCUGCUUCUAUCUGGACUGAAGAUUUGACGCUGGCUUUGGAGACUGCUAAGAGUCUGUGUGUGGGUUUGGUGUGUGUGAACACUUGCUCUGUGACAGAUCCCUUGCUCCCGCAGUCUGGACGGAGGGAGAGUGGGACCUGCACUGACGGAGGGAGAGAGGGUCUUUUUCAGUUCCUGAGUGCAUCUGUGGCUCCACUUUCUCAGCCAAUCUCUCUGGACUACUCCAAGUUUGGAACUGCAGCAUCCAAGUUCCUGGUGCCGGAAGGUUCUGAUCUGUCCAGGUAGUGUCUCUCACUCCCGCCUCACUUGUUAGGAGGGAGGGUGUGUAAAGCAGAUUCAGGUUGCAGUAGGUCAGUUCAUGCUCCAGGGGGCGCUGUUCUGGCUCAUUGUCCUGAUGGUGGGAGAAAAGAUGUGCGUAAUGCAGUGGAAGCUGCUUUAAAGGUGCAGCCAGGGUGGAUGAAGAAAAGUCCAGCGUCUAGAGCUCUGGCCCUCUACUCCCUCUCUGACUGUCUAGAUAAAAGAAAGCAGAACAUGGCUGCUUCAGUCCACAGACAGACUGGGGUGUCUAUAGAGGAGGCUGUUCAAGAGGUGGAGCUUAGCAUCUCCAGGCUUUCUGAUUGGGCCGCACUCUGUGAUAAACAAAAUGGACACAUUCCAGUUCUCCCUCAAACUGGUUCCUCUGUCUCAACCCCAGAGGCUUUAGGAGUUGUGGGUGUGGUCUUGCCCGACACUAAACCUCUUCUCUCCAUGGUGUCUGUUCUGGGGGCAACCGUUUCCGUGGGCAACGCUGUCAUCAUAGUGACAAGCGAGAAGUUUCCUCUUCCAGCUCUCGAUUUCAUUUCGGUUCUCCAGGCGUCUGAGGUUACCGCAGGCGUGGUCAGUGUUAUCAGUGGGGGAAAGGAUCAGCUGACCCAGGCUUUGGCCAAUCACAAUGAGAUCCAGGCUGUGUGGUACUGGGGCAGUGCAGAGGGCUGCCAGUUUCUGCAGCACUGUAGUCCUCUAAAGCGUCUGUGGCUGCACUGUGAGGAAGAGGAGGAUGAAAAUGGAAGAAAAUUCUGGACCAAGCCGAGUUUCUCAAUGCAGGAGGAGAUGUGGAGAGAGUGUGUGGUGUGGAAGAGUGUGUGGAUCCCCACGGCUUAGAAACACAUUUAUUGCUGAUAGAACAAAUAAAUCAGGAUUUAAAAUAAACAAUGAAAUGUAGGUUAUUACAUCAGAUAUUUUGAAAAAGUUGUGUUUUAUAAAAAACACAGAAAAACUGCUGAUUCAGAAUUUUUCAGGACAAAAUGGAGAAGCGAAAGUAAACUACAAACGGUCACAUUUUUAAUAAACCAUCUCAUUAAACACAUGAGAACCUCAGGAUGUCUCGUACUUAAUACCUUUUACAAGAAAAUCCAGGCAGUUCAUUUUAUUCACCUGUGUUUAUUCACAUCAUUUAGGCUAAAAAAUGUAUAGACCUGUUUAAUAAGGCUUUAUUCUUUAAAUGAGUAAUAAUUUAAUAUAAUUUACUGUUCUGGUUUUCACUGUUGAUUUUCUCAACAUGUUAUUACACUAUCAGCAAAGUUUAAAUAAAUCCCACAAUAUUAAAGAACA